UUAUUACGUGAAAAUAAAAAAUUCGAAAGGCCAGAAAAAUAAAAAUAGGGUUUUGGCGGGCACCAAAAGAGAUUCAAAAUAGCCCCCACAGCAUAAAUUCACAAAGCCCAAGAAAAAUAAAGCUAAUUCCUUUCAACCCUAACAGCAUUUCUCACUCUCUCCCAUCUCUCUACCCUUCAGGUGAGGAGAUGGUUAAGGUUUCACCACAGAGUAAAGAUUCCAAGAAUUCCAAGCACAAGCCAAGGCUUAGGAGUUCAAAUAAUAAGUACUUGAGGCCAGGUGCCCUGGCUCAGAUUCGAUAUUCCAAGGCAAAGGCCGCGCCUCGUGCUGAUGCUCGGAAGGAAAGGCUUGGUGGUUUGGAUGGUGUUGAGAAUGUUGAGGGGAGUGGUGUUCAGAUUGACGGUGCUAAGGGUGUUGUUGAUGAAGGUCCUCUGUUUUUAUCGCCUGUUAGGUAUGGGUCUGGUCCCGUUGUUGGACCUUUCGAUGUUGGCAGAUGUAAUUCUUUACAGAGAACUCCUAAGACUCCAUCUGCUGCGGAAGACUGUGAUUCUGACUCCAGGCUUGAGGCCCUUCCUGUGGAUUUACUGGUCAAGAUAAUGUGUCACCUGCACCAUGAUCAGCUUAAAGCUGUUUUCCAUGUUUCGCAGAGAAUUAGAAAAGCUGUUGUGAUAGCUAGACAGUUUCAUUUUAAUUAUACUACUCCAGAUCGGUCUAGACAGGAGAUGCUGAGAAUCAUGACGCCACUUCCUACAGAACACUGGCCUUUUAGCAAGAGAGAUGGCAGGGGGGUUGUUUUGCCAAGUCCAAAAACCCCUAAAGCACCAAAGCAUGGUCCUCGCCCACCUUCUCGUAUUAAAUUAUCCGAGGGGCCACAAAUUGCAGCUGUUCUCUUCCAGGAGCCAACAUUUUCUGCACGGUGCAUGGGUCCAGCUUUACAUGAAACCUUGUUCAAGUCAUUAGCUUCAAAUCGUGUUCUGUUUUACGAGGAUGAGCUGUGUAAUGCUGUUGCUCAGAACAAACUCCGUUGAAUUAUCAUCAUAGCUGCUUUCUUGUCUUCUGUUACUCUGUGUAUAGUAUGGUUUUGGCUCUCCAGUAGUAGUAAUACUAGUGUUUAGUUUAGGUGUUGGAAGUUCCCCGGUUUUGAACAGCUGUUUUUCUGGAUUAAUGUGUUUUUUUAUAAACCGGAUUGAUGGGGUUUAGAUAUGAAUUAGUAUUACAAAAGCAAUGAAAUAUGUAUGAUCAGGGACAGAGUGACAAGGUUUGGAUAUAUGUUUAUGGGAAUAAUUUAAAUUUAAACAGGAUUUCUGGAA